AAUUACGUGUCUGUGGAAUAAAACAAAAGCAGGGGAAACAAGGAAACAGUAUACAAGAGAUAGUAAAAAAUAAUGCGCCCCGUUGGAAAAGCUGAGGGUUUAGUGCUGCUGCUGCCAAGCAAAAACAACAACAGAAGGGAAAUCACUCCGAGGAAGCAGAAAUUAUUGUGUGCAGGAUGAAGAAUGGGAAUGGUCACAUACUGUGUGUGCCAGGCCAGAGGCUGUGUGAGGCCAGCAGCUCACAUGUUGGAGGAGAAGGCACCUACACCUUCAACAAGUACAUCUAUGCCUCCCUCAUUGGCAGAGUUGUGGUGGAGCCUCAGAGGGACCUGCACAUUGUGAAGGUUACAUCAGGACAGCAAGGCACAGUCAUGCCCGAAGCAGGAAGCAUUGUGACAUGUCGAGUGUUGAGUGUGAACCCCAGCCAGGCCACUGUGUCCAUCAUCUGUGUGGGUCCCAACAAGCUGCACACUCCUGUCUCGGGGACGGUGCGGAAGCAGAAUGUCCGAGACCAUCAGAUUGAUACGGUGGAAAUGUAUAAUUGUUUCCGGCCCGAUGACAUCAUCCUGGCAGUGGUGAUGUCCCUGGGUGACUUACGAAACUAUGAGUUAUCAACAGCGAGGUCAGAGCUUGGGGUGGUGACAGCCCACUGUGAGGAGGGUCACCCCUUGGUUCCUGCCUCCUGGACCACCAUGAAGUGCAAAUGUAGAAUGGAGAAGAGGAAAGUAGCAAAAGUAAUGCCACCUAAAACAUAAAGAAUAAAGUUUUCUUAAGGCAUUGUGUACACUGACUUUUCUUUUUAUAAAAUGUCUACAAACUAACUCUUACAGCAAUAAAGUUUUAGAGAACCACAGAAAGUAA